AUGAAUCGGGGGGUGCAAGGUCAGCGCGCAAGAAUACCUCCUAUUAAAGAAGAAUUACGUGAGCAAGGUCAAGAAAGGUCAGGUUGCGGAAGACUGAGAAUUUCUUGUGGUCACAUUAAACGUUUGCCGUGGCGUGUAUGUGAUGUGCGACAGUCACAUCCACAUCACAAUGUGACAUUUCUGCGACGAUGUUCCGUGGUCCCAAUUGUAAUGAUCAUUUUGAGGAAUCUCAAUUUGAGUCACUAUGCAAAGAUAGUUAAAAAACUAAGAAAAACUGCAGUACCAACACUCUUUAGCAUUCCAAAUCCACCACCAUCUGUAACUGACAAGAGGAUAAGAGAAGUAAGAUGUCCUAAGCCAAAUACUGAAGUGGAAACUCUACCUGCUUCAAAUGAAGAGUUGUUAAAAAAAAUAGAAUUCCUUGAGCAACAGCUUCAAGAAAAAGAUGCAAAAUUGACAUCAUUUUUGUCCGAUGAGCAAGUAGGAACCCUUGCUGUGCAGUCAAAAAGGAACUGGUCAGAAAAGUCCAUUAUAAAAGGACUGAAGAUGCGAUUUGCUUUGGAGCAAACAUGGAUAUAA